AUGAACGAACCUCGCCGCCCAGCACGCGCCGCACAGGUCGAGAACCCAUAUCACACGGAUUCGGAGAGCACAAGCGGCACCCUGACCUCGGCCCACGAAACCCGAAAGGAAGAUGACCCAACGUCCACUUCCUCGCGCCACGGCCUAUCCAAGGCCCGCCACAUAAUACUAGUUGGCAGCAUGUUCUUGACGCUGUUCCUCCCGGCGCUCGACCAGACCAUCGUCUCCACUGCGCUGCCAAAAAUAAUGAUCAGCCUGGGGGGAGGGUCGUCCAACUCAGGAUACACGUGGGUUGGGUCCGGGUAUGCAUUGACACAGGCGGUGGUGAUGCCUCUGUUUGGCCAGGCGUCCGAGGUGUUUGGGAGGAAGUGGGCGUUUGUGGCGGCCAUAUCGAUAUUCAUGGCGGGGAGCUGUCUGUGUGGCGCUUCGCAGGAUGUGUCGAUGCUGAUCGCCUCCAGGAUGGUGCAGGGGAUGGGGGCCGGGGGCAUCACAGCAUUGGUGAUAAUUCUCAUUGGUGAUUUGGUCGGUACGAGAAAACGUGGGAAAUAUCAAGGAUUCAUCGGUGCCACCUGGGCUGUUGCAUCUGCUCUUGGACCAGUGCUGUCCGGUGUACUUGCUGAGCAUAUCAGCUGGAGAUGGUGUUUUCUCAUCAAUCUGCCUAUAUGUUUGAUCUGUCUCGUUAUUACCCUGUUGUUCCUCAACAUCUCCCGCCCUUCAAAGAGCUUCCUUGAGGCCAUCAAGACCCUCGAUAUAGUCGGAAUUCUCGCAAUCGCCGCGGCCACAGUCUUGCUCUUGCUUGCUUUCGAAUGGGCUUCUCUUGGUACAUCGUGGAGCUCACCACAAAUCCUGAUAUCAUUGAUCACCGCGGCCCUGUCGCUGGGGUUCUUCAUCUACGCUGAGACAAAGGCGACCAAGCCAGUCAUUCCGUUGCGCUUCUUUACUCACCCAACCAGGAUCGGGGCAUACCUUGCAGCCUUCUUCCACGCCGUGGCGUAUAUGGGGCUGAACUACUACCUUCCGAUCUACUUCCAAGCAGUCCGCGGCCAGAGUGCUUCUCAGAGCGGCAUCAGCAUGUUGCCUCUGGUCUUGAUGUUCGGCAUCGCAAGCACAGGGGCAGGAUACCUCAUCACAUUCACGAAAAAAUACCAAACACUAAUCUGCGGCUCCUUCCUCGUAGCCACAAUGGGCUGUGCCAUGUUGGUUCACCUCAACAGGAAUACAUCAACAGCCGUCACCGUGGUCCUCCUGCUCAUAGCCGGCAUUGGUGUCGCCCCGAACUUCAACUCCCUCCUCAUUCCAAUCCACGCAUCCUUCGACGAAACAUCUGACAACUCAGAUAUCGCCAUGUCAGCCUCGGCCUACUCGUUCAUCCGGACCAUCGGACUCAGCAUGGGCAUCAGUGUUAGUGGCCUGGUCUGCUUCGACGAGCUGCAAAAACUGAGUACGGGAUCCACGGCGGAGCUUAGCAUCUCGCAGCUGAUCGAAGAUGUGGGCAAGAUGGUAGGAGAGGAGAAGCAGAAGACGAUCGGUGUUUUCGAAACAGCCAUGACGCAUGUGUUCAUCGAGGUGGCCGCCGUCAUGGGCGCUGGUAUGGUCGCAAGCUUCUUGAUCCGAAAACACAAGCUGGGUGAGAAGGUCCGAUCGGACCACAAGAUCCAGAUGGAAGCUACGAAAGUCUACGGUGUAUUGUGUUACGCCCUAGAGCGUCAUCGCAAGUCCGAUGUCGUGAGGGCGAGUGUUCUCCGGUCCGACCUGAGGCUUGGCCGCCGCCGGUGCGGGGACUGUACUCCGAUGCCCAGCUGCCGCUGA